AUGAAACUGAGGAAUCAGAGCAGCACAGAGCAGGUGACAGAGUUUAUCUUAAUAGGCUUCCAGCUUUCUUGGCCCAUGGAGGUCCUCCUCUUUGUGGUGCUUCUUGUAGUUUUCCUGCUAACGCUAGCUGGGAACAUCACCAUCAUCGCACUGGUCUGCCUUGCCCAGCAACUCCAAACCCCCAUGUAUUUCUUCCUCUGCAAUCUCUCCCUCCUAGAGAUACUCUUUGUCUUGACAGUCACUCCAAAGAUGUUGGGCAACCUUGUUUCCAUGAACAAUUCAAUCUCAUUCUUUGGUUGUGCUGCCCAAUGCUAUUUCUACUUCUUCCUUGGGACCUGUGAGAUCAUCCUCAUAGCUGUGAUGGCCUUUGACCGCUAUGUUGCCAUCUGCCACCCACUUCGCUAUCCUGUCAUCAUGAAUGGACAUGUCUGCAUCUCCUUGGUCCUGGCCUGCUGGAUGGGUGGUUUCCUUAACAACUUUGUUCCCAUGGUUUUGUUGACUCGGCUAUCUUUCUGUGGCCCUAAUGUCAUUGACCAUUUCUUCUGUGACUAUGCCCCAAUGGUAAAGCUUUCUUGCAGUGAUGUUCAUUUACCUCUGACUUUGGAGUCCAUCCUGUCCGCGAUUGUGCUACUCAGCUCCAUGUCUGUCACUGGUAUCUCUUACCUCUAUAUUGUAGCUACCAUCUUGCGUAUGCGCUCUGCCAAAGGCCGGCUAAAAACAUUUUCCACGUGUGCAUCCCACCUUACUGUAGCCUCCAUCUUCUAUGGCAGUGCAAUCUUUAUGUACUCUUUGCCCAGCCAGGGACGCUCUCGGGAUGUCCAGAAGGCGGUAGCAGUCCUCACAGCUGUGGUGACCCCAUUACUGAAUCCUUUUAUAUAUUCCCUGAGAAAUGAGAAGGUCAAAGAGGCCUUCAGAGACUGUAUAAGGAAGAAGAAGUUAGCCCUGUGA